AUGAUCCUCAGGUCAAAGCAAGCAUUGCUGUGGCUGGCGCUGCUUUUGGCACGCGGCAGCGCCUUUGUGCCGGUGUCGCCACUGCACAACAAACCCACGCUCUUGCACGCCAAAAAGAAGAAAAAGAGCAAGCGCGUGCAAAAGAAACAAGCGGCCAAGGCGGCGCCAGCACCGCCGCCCGCGCCGGCACCGGCACCGCCGCCCGUCGCCACACCGCCGCCCGUCACGUUUGACGCGGCGAUAGCGCCCGAGGCACCCGCCGCGCCGGCCGCGCCGCCGCCCGUCGCGUUCGACGCGCCGGCACCUCCGCCAGUCGCGUUCGACGCGCCGCCGCCGGCGCCCGCGCCACCGAUGACGCCCGCCGCCGCGCCCUUCGACGAGGACCUCAAGUCAUUGAUCGUCGACGAGCCCGGGAAGCUGUUUGGUCAGACCGCCGACGAGCAGCUGUUCGGCAGCCGGCCCAAGGGCGCGCCGGCACCGAAGCUGCGCGCAAAACAACCAGUGGUAGAGGAGGACGACGUCGACUCGAAGUGGCCGCUGCCGCGCUUGGAGCUGCCGGACUUCGGCGGCGUCGAGAAGAUCGGCGGCGAGCGGCCGGCGGACCCGACGGAUUCGUUUGAUUACGGCGUCGGCGGCAUCGUCAAGAAGGCGGUCUACGCGACGGCCUUCGCGGCCGUCGUCUGGGAGGUCUACAUCAACUCGCCGUUCUUCGAAAGGGCGGCGCCGCCGCCGGCCGUCACGGCCGUCCAGGAGGAGAUGAGCAAGUACCAGCCGCCCGUAGAGGUCGAGGACCCGCCGCAGCCGCCGCCCGAGCCGAUCGUCCCACCCCCGCCGGCGACCUUUGAAUAAUGGUUGUGCGUC